CUUAAUAUGAUUCGUUAACACGAGUCUUACAUUUACUGUACAUGAAUUAGCCUUCUGCUGAAGGCUGGUGAAGCUUGCUGCAACUCUUUUUUCUCGCGCGACGCCAGCUACCAGUUCAGAGCUUUCCCUUUGUUUCAACUCCACAUCAAUGUAGCAUCUAAAGUAAUGCUGACCGCUCAACACUGUGACGCGGGCCCUUUCAACAACAUGAAACCCCGGCGACCUGGCUCUUUGGCUUGAAACGCUUCUAGGUCCUAGUCACCAAUGGACUCUUUCGUCGGGCGGCUGGGGAGCCGGGAGAACCUCGGGGCAGAGGGAGGCCGCCACAACAUGCUGUCCGCGCUGCCGCCGCCCCCCAUGCCCUUGGGCGUUCCCAACUUCAACCCGCUGACGGCCAAUGACUUCCGGCCACCUCAGCCGUACGGUCACUUGGCGCCGCUGGCACGGAAGGAAUCAGCGCAGCCGCCGGCAGCGGGCCUGGAUGCAGCAGCGCCGCCGCCUGCGGCGCCGCCGCCAGAGCCGCAGAAGCGAACGGUGCAAGUGUACCGCAAGCGCCAGCAUGACGUGUCGGGACCGCGGCCGUUCGACUUUGGGGCGGGGCACGUGCCGGGCAUGCUGGCGCACCCAGAGGGGGAGCACAUACCCAACCUGCCGCCGCGGUCGGGAACGGGCAUGCGGCUACGGCCUCCCAGGCUGCCGGCCGUGUGUUGCAUCCCGCCCCCCUACCCGGAGCCGCUGGUGCCCGUGGACGGCAUGCUGCCGCAGGUUCUGCGUAUGCACGACCAGCGGCGCCUGGUCAACCCAGCCGCAGUCGCCAACGUUGUCGUGUACGACUGCAUUGAGCGGCCGCCGCGGCCCUCCGCAGAGGCGGGGGCGGGGGCAGGCACGCCAGCUCCUGCGGCAGCAGCAGCAGCAGCAGCAGCAGGGGCAGGCGCAGGGGCGGCGGGGGAAGGCGCGGCCGCGAGCGGCAGCCGGCGGUCUCUCGCAGUGCCGGGGGAAGGGGCAGAUGGCGCGGCGGCGGCGAGUGCAGGCGAUGCAGGGGCAGCGGGGUCGGGGCCUGGAAGUCACGUGGACAGGAGCGUGGCACGAGGCAGCAGCCAAACCGGCGAUCCCGGGCAAGGAGGAGGUGGAGGAGGAGGAGGAGGAGGGGGUGGCAGCUUGACACGAGGUGCCGCUGGCAGCGGCGACGCCGCCUCUGACCCUGCAGCGGCAUCCACAUCAGGGGCAGCAGGGGCAGGGGCAGGAUCAGGGGACGCGGGAGCAGCCGCCGCGGACCCAGCCGCGAGCCGGGCAGCGGCAGGCCCGCCGUCCACCUCGUACGGCAGCAGUGGUGCGGGUACGGCAGCAGCAGCAGCAGCAGCAGUACGGACAUUCGACUACUUCCCGGACAUGCCGGCCUGGUACGCGCCCCGCGGACCAGACGACCACACACUUGUGUUCGAGAGCCGUUUUGAGAGCGGCAACCUGCGGCGGGCGGUGCAGGUGUACCCAUAUGAGUACGACCUCAUACUUCGGCCCGACAUCAACACGCGGGGUCACACGCAGUGGUUCUUCUUCUCUAUCGCCAACACGCGCGCGGGCUGCCGCUACAAGCUCAACCUCAUAAACCUGCUGAAGGAAGACUCGCUUUACAACGACGGCAUGCAGCCGUUGGUUCACAGCGCCAAGGCGCAGGCGGGCCGCGGCCUGGGGUGGCACCGCGCCGGCAGCCGCGUGGCCUACUACGGCAACACCAUCCGGCGCGGGAGAAACGGCGCGGGCGCGGGCGGCAAGACCUACUACACGCUGACGUUCACGCUGACGGCCGAGUUCGACAACGACCUGUUGCACGUGGCGCACUGCUACCCCUACACCUACACGGACCUGCAGCGCUACAUCAAGGCUGUGGAGCUGGACCCUCUGCGCCGCGGCCGCAUGAAGCGCGAGCUGCUGGCCACCAGCCUGGCCGGCAACGCCGUGGACGUGCUCACCAUCACCUCGCCGGGGCCGGGCGGGGACGACGAAAAGGACCCCGCCAAGAGGCGGAAGGCGGUGGUCCUUUCGGCGCGCGUGCACCCGGGCGAGAGCAACGCCAGCUGGAUGAUGAAGGGGGUGCUGGACUACCUGCUGGGGCCCAGCCUUGACGCCAGGAUGCUGCGAGACACGUUCGUGUUCAAGAUCAUCCCCAUGCUAAACCCGGACGGCGUCAUCACCGGCAACUACCGCUGCAGUCUGGCGGGUGUGGACCUGAACCGCGUGUGGAACGACCCCAGCCGCAAGCUGCACCCGGUCGUCCACGCCACCAAGGCCUUCCUGCGGGCGCUGGCGGACGAGCGCGAGGUGGCGUUGUUCUGCGACCUGCACGGCCACAGCCGCAAGCUGGACGUGUUCAUGUACGGCUGCCAGAAGGAGCUGCCCAAGGACGGCGUGCCGGCCUGGCCGGGGCUGCCCGUGCCUGGGUCGGUGGGCGGGUCGCCGCAGGUGCCCACGCGGUUCCAAGACAAGGUGUUGCCGCUGCUGAUUCACCACAACGCGCCCGACCUGUUCAGCUUCCGGCACUGCAGCUUCAAGGUGCAGAAGAGCAAGAGCGGCACGGGCCGUGUGGUCGGGUUCAAGGAGCUGGGACUGGUCAACAGCUUCACGCUGGAGGCCUCCUUCGCGGGGGCCAGCAGCGGGCGCUGGGCGCGGCAGCACUUCGCCACCUCCCACCUGGAGGCGCAGGGCGCGGCGCUGGUGGCGAGCCUGCUGGACUACUGGGACCCCGAGGGCUGGGGGCACGCCGACCUGCUGGCCCAGUUGGACUUCCUGCACCCCGCCUCCGGGGACGCGCCGCGCUUCAUCACGACCGCUGACGGUCAGCUAGUGGAGGUGGAGGACGACGAACCGCCUACAGACAGCGACGACGAGUCCAGCGACGACGACCGCGGCGCAGCCAGGGCCCGGGCCAGGACGGCGCGAGGCGGCGGCGGCGGAGGAGGAGGAGCGGCCGGGCCGGGCGGCACAGCCGGAUCCCAGCUGCCGCUGCCGCUGCCCACGGGGCCCCUGCCACGCGACCCCCAGUCCGCGGCCUUCUUGCAGCAGUACUACAACGCGUACGGGAUGGCCGGUGGCGGCCCGGGGGGUGCUGGCGGCGGCGGUGUGGGCGGCGGGCCCCCAGGCCUUGGCGACCUGGCGGGCGGGCUGGCCGGCCGUGCCAAUUCGCUACGACCUCCCGGCGACCUCAAGAACGUCGAAGGCGGCGACAAGGGGUUCAGCGACUCGGAGGUUGUGAUGGACCCCAAGAAGGCGCGCCGCCGCGCCCGUGCCGCGCUGCAGAAGGCGCUGCUGAAGGCGGAGCAGGCCAAGGCAGACGAGGGGCUGGCGGCGUGCCUGCCCAUGAUGGCGGCACUGCAGGUGCCCAACAGCCCUGCCGGAGGAGCAGGAAGCGGAGGCGCAGCUGGAGCUGACGGCAAGGGAUACCAGCUGGUGACGGCGGCGCAGCGCAAUGCCGCCGGCCACCUCUCGCAGUCGGGUGCCGCUGGAGGCGGGGCCGGCGCCGGCGGCCGCGGGGGCGGCGGCGGCCCCAGCAGCUCGGGUGCGGGCGUCACACACCACCACGCCAUCGAGUACGCCAAGUCACGUGGCGUGUACCGGGGCGACACGCCGCAGUGGACGGUACCCGGCCUCAACGCAGCCUACGACACACCCGAUACCCUCAACCGCCCGCCGUCGCCGCUGCCCAUGUCCAACGCCGCCGCCGGCAUCGGCAUCGGCCGGGCGGCGACGUCCAACGGUCUGGGCGCCUCUACAAACGCCUUCACGUCGCUUCUGAACGCACCCAACAACCCAGCGAGCAGCUCAGCCGCUGGCGGUGCAUCGGGUGCAGGCGGCGGCAGCAAUGGGUUCGCGGCGGGGCAACGGCCGCCCAUGGCGCCUGCAUCGGCGCGGCCAGUAUCAGGCAUCGGCGGUGGCGGCGCGGCGACUGCGACGGCGGGAGGCAGCUAUGAGCGUGACUACGGGCUCGGCGGCGGCGACGGAAGCCGCAGCACUUCGGGCACCGCGGCGGGAGGUGCAGGCGGCGCAAAUAGCGGCGCCUAUGGCCGAAUGCUGAGCCCCAUUCCCGGUGUCUCGCGGCCCUACACCGCAGGCGCCGGUCGCACGCUGCCGCUGCCGCAGCCGCGGACAUCGGCCGACAGUGGUGGGGACGGCGUUGGCGCCGCAGCCGCCGGCGGCCGCACCGCCCGUGUGUCCGCCGCAUCGCGCUCCUCACAGGCCUCCGGGGCCUGGGAGUCGGAGCUGCUUGCGGGGGACGGACAGGGGGAGGGCGAUGGGCUGUUGGAGGCGAUGCCGUACGGCGCGGGUGGGCACGCGGCGGCGUCGCUGGCGGCGGUGGCGGCGGCGUAUGCUGACCCGGAACGGCUGCGGCGCGACAGGGAGGCGUUGGAGCGGCAGGUGGCGGAGUCGGUGCUCACCACCAGCCCCCUGUUCCAGAGGUUCUGAGGAGCGAGCUGGCGUGAUUCCGGUGCUUGUUUGCAAGCCGCAGUGUUUGGUGCGAGGCCGUGGUAGCGCGUGGGACUACGGUAUAUAAUAGAACUUGUUGCUGCAUGUGUGCACGUGCCGCGUGUGCUGUGGUGAUGGCAUGUGUGCAAUCAGUAUGCGACGUGGAUCAGCACGCGGCAUGGCUGGGCCGUGCUACCGCGCCAGGUACGGGUGAUGAAUGCUACAGAAGUGAAGACUUCGCGGUCCGGAUCUGCCGCCGUGUGCGUAUGACUGUGCGUGUUACGGGUGUAGCUUGGUGUUGCCGUCAUACCAUCCGUGUGGUGCGCGUGCGCAUGCCGGCGGUCGGCCGCAGCCGCAAGACAGCCAAGACACACAAGGAUGCUUGUCCCUUGUCCCAUGCCCUUGCCUUCUGUCCCCAUUCCGAACUACCGAUCCCUGUUGUGGCGGGUAAACCCCACGGGUAACCCCCCUACACAACUCGUGCCGAUCACCCCGCAACUCCGCAAGCAGUCCCUGCCUAGUCAUCAGU